AUGAAAGAUACUUCCAGGAUGUUUGCUUUCAAGCUCAUAUGGAGUAUUGUCAGUAACUCGGGAUCUCUAUGGGUCCAUUGGACUCGUCACUAUCUACUCCGCUACUUCUCUUUAUGGGAUGAGCCAAAGGGGUCUCGUGGGUCUUGGAUAUGGAAGAAACUGCUGAAAUUGCGUCCGCUUGCUGCUGAUUUUGUUAGACACGCUAUCAAGAAUGGUGAGAGCACAUUCUUCUGGUUGGAUAAUUGGCUCAAUACGGGAUGA